AUGGAUGCGCCAGCGCAAAAUAAGUGGGGUGGACGCGCAUCUCCAUAUGACCCCACGCAAUCAAAAGCCUCUAGUAUACGCCGGACAGUGGAAUACGAUCCAGUGACAGGUGGUCCGCGGCAAUCGCAAUUGGAUAACUUUGCGAGCCCGGUCCAGCAGAAUCCAUUCGCCCCACCAGCAUGGCCUCAACAGCAAUGGACACAGCCCACCAUGCAGCCGUAUGCCCAGCCGAUCCCCUCAAUCGAAGGACAGUACGGUGGAUUCAACGGCCAAGUCCCAAUGAUGGAUCCGAGUUUCUUCCAACCGCCGCCAGGCAUGCCCUGGCAGGGAUUCGAUGGUGGGCAACCACCUCCAUUCCCAUUCAAUACCCCAUUUCUCUCUCAUCCAAACAUGCGGGCAAUGAGUACAACGGCUGCUCAGAGCCAGGGCCCGGCAUCCAUGCCGGGUCCUGCGCGAAGAACAAGAUCGGCAACACCACAGGUUAAAGUUCCAGCACCGACAUUACAGUACCUGAAUCAGUCAUCGUUAAAACCGGAGGAAGUACCGUCAAAACGACCACUACUGGUUAUCCUCGAUCUCAAUGGCACUCUUAUUUUCCGCAAGCUGCGGAAGUUCCCGCCCAAGUUCUCCAGACGCGCUGGCUUGGAUCACUUCCUUGCUGCUCUGAUCCAGAACUACAAAGUCAUGGUUUGGUCAAGUUCUCAGCCUCCUACUGUCAAUGCAGUCUGCGAGCAACUCUUUCCGGGCGUCAUGCACGAUGCCCUCGUUGCCCGCUGGGGUCGUGACAAGUUCGGCCUCACAGCCCGCCAGUAUAACAAUAGAAUCCAGGUCUACAAGGAGCUGCACAAGCCGUGGGCCGAUCCUGUUAUCCAGGCAGCAUUCCCCGGCAAUGAGUAUCUGCUAGGCCCCGCUGCAACAGCUGAACCCAGCACAGCAGAGAAGCGCGCUUCACGAAGCAGACAAGAACAAGCGGCGAAGCUUCCUGCGGCUCAUCGCUGGGACCAAACGAAUACCAUAUUGAUCGACGAUAGCAAGCUCAAAGCCCUGAGCGAACCAUUCAAUAUUCUCGAAAUCCCCGAAUUCAACGAUGACCCAACCAUCGACGAAUCCAAACUCUUCGCCAAAGUCCUACAUUACCUCGAUAUCUGCUCUCGCCACGACGACGUCAGUAAAGUCCUCCGCACCUGGACCGAGUCCGCCGAGAAGAACGGAUGCAGUAUCCUCGACCUCGGCCUCGGCUUCGAUGAGACCUCCAUCGACACUGAAGAAGGCGGCAUCAGCCUCUUCCCCGAACAACUCAACCAACGCAAUACCGUGACAGCCACCCCUGUCCAUCCAGUCCAAAACCAACCCCAAGGACAAGCACCAGGACCAGGACAAGGCAAGAAGAAGGGCAAAAAAGCCAAAAGCAACCCACCACCUCCUCUCACUGAAGAAGAAAAGGCCUCCAGACAAGCUGCCAAGAAAGAGCGCAAAAAGGCCAAAAAGUCAGCCGCGAAGGCUGAAAAGGCUGCCGCCGCCGCGACCAAAGCUGCCGCCGCAGAAAGCAGAGCGCAAGCCGAGACCAAUCCUGCUCUUACUGAGCUUGGUAUUCUCGUUAAUGGCGAAUUGGACUCGCCUAAUGGCUCGAACGACCAGACCUGGGCUCCGGCACCGACAGGGUCGAAGAAGCGUUCGAAGAAGCAAAAGGCCCGCGAUGCCGCGAAUGCGAGAGCGGAACAGGAUCGCGAAGAUCAGUCGGGGACUGGUAAUAGUGAACCGGAACCGGCUCCGCGGUAUAACCUUCGAACCAACCGAGCUCCUAUUGAGAAUGGUUGUGAUACUGAACAUGUUCCUGAGGCAGCUGUUGCUGAGACUGAGGCGCGGGAGGAGAUGCAGGGAUUGGAACCUCAAUUGCGAUCGCGGGCUCAGUCGCGGGAUAUGGAUGCUGAGGUAGAGAGGUCUCCUUCGCCUGUCUCGGUUGCUUCGGAGAACUCUUUACUUGAUCGUCUUGAAGAGGGGCUGGGGAUCAAGCAGAAGCGUUAA